UUCUCGACAGAGGGCGCUAUCGCAAAGCGACCUGACGCAAAACAUAACCUCUGCUUUUUUGCCACCCGAAAUCGAUUAAUUUGUUGUAAAAGUGUGAAAAAACGUGUGAAAAUGUCGGACGACGAGAUGGAAAAGUUCGAAAUAACGGAUUACGAUUUAAACAAUGAGUUUUACCGUGGUAGAAAAAAGUUAAGCAAACACCAGCAGAUUUAUGGUAUAUGGGCAGACGACAGUGAUAAUGACGAAGAAGAGCGACCUUCGUUUAAAUCACGAAAACCUAAAAAUUAUUCCGCCCCGAUUGGUUUUGUUGCGGGGGGUGUCCAACAAGCGGGUAAAAAACCCGAAAAUGUUAAAAAAGAAGACGAAAGUGAUGAGGAAAAACCAACGACGAGUUUUAAACUUAAGGAUAGCUCAAGUGAUUCAGAGGAUGAACGUCCAAGGCCAGGGUUCGGUGGGGUCCAAGAAAGUGGGGACAUUGCAGGCCUACGUAACAAAACUCACUCGCAACCUAUGCAAGGGGUGGGAAAUUGGGAAAAACACACAAAGGGGAUUGGGGCAAAGCUUCUAUUACAGAUGGGUUUUCAACCGGGGAAGGGGCUAGGGAAAGACUUACAAGGGAUUUCAGCCCCGGUGGAGGCCCACUUGAGGAAGGGCCGGGGGGCUAUUGGGGCCUACGGGCCAGAAAAAUCCGCAAGCAUUCCAAAGAAAAAGGAAGUCAAGGAGGAAAUUGAAGAUGAGGCCGACCACAAGUGGAAGAAAAACGAUUCGUCAAAGAAAAAAACGCGCUAUUAUUACCGGAGCGUUGAUGAUGUGAUAGAAAAGGGCAAAAGACCGGGGGCUUUCCGGACCACGAUUGGAAGCGAGUUGAGCAAAGUCAAAGUGAUCGAUAUGACGGGGCCCCAACAGAGGGUCUUAAGCGGGUAUCACGCUUUAAGUGGGCUCAAAGCGCCCCCAGGUGUUGAACAUUUCGAAGAUGUUGUGCAUAAAAAAUGUUCCAAUUUUACAUUACCCGAAAUUCAACAUAAUCUCGAUGUUUUGGUUGAUAUGUGUGAACAGGAUAUUAUUAGAAUAGACAGAAAUACGAGGUUUAAUCAGGAUAAAAUUGUGGCUCUUAAACAGGAACAAGAAACUUUGAAAAGUCAAGUACAAAGGGAGAGUGAAGUUGUUGGUAGCUUGAAAGACGUCAUUGAGAUUGUCGAUAAGUUGUUGAACCCCGAUUUAGGGCUGUCUUUGCUGCAGGUCGCACAAAUUUUUAAGAACUUAUUGGAGAACCACUACGAGGAGUUUGUGAGGUACGAAUUGGGUGAAUUGGCGCCUGGUUUGGUUGGUCCUCUUUUGACAUCGGCCCUCGCCAGUUGGUCGCCACUGACCAAUCCCAAGCAAUACAUGGAAAUUUUUGCCCGUUGGAAGGACAUUCUGGAGAAGCCCAGACAACGUGGGACACUAGAAGGUAAUAAUAUGGGAAUUCAGCCAUAUGAUAGUCUCUUAUGGCACACUUGGAUGCCUGUAAUGCGAAUUUGUGUUAGUGCUUGGAAUCCAAAAGAUUGUGAUCCUCUGAUAACGCUGAUUGAAACCUGGAUGCCGUUAUUGCCGCAGUGGAUAUUGGACAACAUUUACGACCAACUUAUCAUGCCUCGAAUCCAGGCUGAAGUCAAUAUCUGGAAUCCCCUGACAGACACAAUCCCAAUUCAUGUCUGGAUACAUCCCUGGAUACCUUUACUCGAUACCAGACUUCAAGCUAUUAUUUAUCCAAUAAUUCAGGAAAAACUCGGUGUGGCUUUAACAAACUGGCACCCGUCUGAUAAAUCAGCCAAGCCAAUGUUAAAACCGUGGCAAAGAGUGCUACCAGAUGGCGUCUUCGUUGCAUUCCUGCUCAAACACAUUGUACCAAAGCUACAGCUUUGUAUGCAAAACUUAGUUAUAAACCCACAUCAACAACAUUUAGACGCAUGGUAUUGGGUCAUGGAUUGGAGUGAUAUGUUAUCAGUCGGGAACAUGACACUCAUUUUAGAUAAAUUUUUCUUCCCCAGAUGGCGACAAACUCUAGCCAUGUGGUUGAAUCACAACCCGAAUUAUGCAGAAGUCACUGAUUGGUACACGGGCUGGAAAAAUAUGCUUUCGGACGAGUUAUUAGCACAACCCACCAUUAAAGAAAAUUUCCACACGGCGCUUGAGAUUAUGAACAGAGCGGUAAAUAUCGGCCAACAACCAGGAGCCAAGGAAUCGAUUUCGUACCUGAGUAUGGAAAAUAACGCACCGCCACCUCCACCACCUCCUCGAGUUGAGAGUUUCGCUGAGACUGUGAGGACAGUUUCAAAAAUUCCCCCGCUUUACAAAGACCUAGUCGCGAAACGAUGCGAAGAACGUGGGAUUUUGUUUGUCCCUAUACCGAACAAAUAUUACGAAGCGAAACAAGUGUAUAGGAUAGGGUCUAAUGGACUUCAGUGUUACAUUGAUAGGAAUGUGGUUUUUUCGUCACAAAAUAACACAAACUGGGUUCCCACUUCAUUGAACAGACUGUUAGACAUGGCGUAAUAUUUUUUUGUUUACUUCAAGCUGUAAAAACUGACAGGAAGUACAAUUGUCUAUCACAGAUUUGUAUAUUUUACGUUGGAUGCUGCGCAUAAAAUAAAAACAAACGUUUAAAAUGUAUAAAGAGGUAAUAAAUUAUUAAACUUCUAAA